AUGGAGAAGGCGCUUUGGUCAAAUUCUGGUGGGAAGGUACUGGUCAACGCUGGAAAACCUGCAGGCGAGCACGACAAGAAAUCAAUUGCUGAAGGAGCAGCUGGAAAUGUUAGGAAGGAUACGGUUAAGGCGAUACCUGAUGAAUUAACUCCACUCAAUCAUCAUAGUCAUCAACCUGUCUAUGAUUCUUUUGGAGAAGAAUGUGGUCUAGUUAAAGACUACAUGGGUUUACAGCCUGACAUCAAUGCCAGAAUGAGGGCUAUUCUUGUGGACUGGUUGAUAGAAGUCCAUCAGAAGUUUGAACUUAUGCCAGAAACUCUAUAUAUAGCUGUCGACAUAAUUGAUCGAUUGCUUGUGAUGAAGACUAUCCCAAGAACAGAACUUCAGUUAGUUGGCUUGGCUUCAUUGCUUUUGGCUGGCAAAUAUGAAGAAAUUUGGUUAAUAGAGGCUAAUGAUUUCAUAGCUAUAUCUCACAGUACGUGCUUAUGUGAGGAUGGAAAAUCAAUUCUGUUUAAACUGGGGUGGAAUUUGACAAUUCCACGCCGUAUGUCUCUGGUCCGAUACAUGAAGGCUUCUUUACCAUAUGAUUCGCAGGUUGAGAACAUGGUGUUUUUCUUGGCUGAGCUCGGUUUGGGGAACUAUUCGACCACCAUACUUUAUCGCUCUUUGAUGUUAGCAGCCUCCACAUUUUUGCAGCUCGUUGCACUCUCAUCAAGACUCCAUUAUGGACAGAAACACUGA